CAGUUCACACGCUCUCUGUACGCUUGUGGAUUUUACUCAACUUUUAUAAUAAAAUAUCUCUACAACUGGUAUUCAGGCUUCUGAAUAAUCUCGAAUAAAUCCAUAAUCCUACUGAGAGAUUUAGCCUACCUAAAAAUCAUUUAUUGUAGUCAAAUGUAGAGGAAACUAACCUCAAUAUUUGAUGAAUGCUUUUAGAACACGUACCAUUACUCUACAAAGUCUGCUGCAUACUCUCCAAGCGUAUCAUAAAGAACUUCACAUUGGAAUUACUAUUACAAUUAUUAACAAUUCAUUGAUAGUCAUAAUAAAUUCACCCAUAACAUUGUUCCUUUGGAAUUAGUGCUGUAUAUUCGCAUAUUUAAACCCAAAGUGACAGUUUUCUUUCCGGUUUAUACGUUAAGAUAUUCAAUAAUUAUCUAAUCAUAAAAAGAUAAUCGAAAUGUAAAUAAUAAGAUAUCAUCUAAAUGGUAUAAAGAUGAAUAACUUGCCACGAUGCCAGAAAACCAUGAGUCUGAUAAGUUAUGUGAUUAUGAAUGCGUACUGGUGAAAUAGAUGUACGGUAAAUAUAUGCUUCAGUCUGCUGUGCGAGAGAACGAACUGGAUUCCAGAGGAGGAAGAAAAUAAGAAAAACAACUGUAAGUGGACAGGACACACAUUGAGGAAAGCAUCAAACUGUGUCAUAACGCAAGACCUCACAUAGAAUCCUCUAGGCCAAAGGAGAAGAGGAAGACCAAAGAACACAUUGCACCGAGAAAUGGAAGCAAAUAUGGUAAGAAUGAACAAGAAUUGUAUAGAACUAGGAAGGAAGGCCCAGUACAGAGCAGGUUGGAGAAUGCUGGUUGAUGGCAUAUGCUCCCCAUUGGCAGUAACAGGCGUAAGUAAGUAAAUAAGUAAGUCAUGUUAUGAAUAAAUAAUAAUAGGGUUUUGAUUGUUAUUCGGAGCUUAAGAUACCAAGUUAUUGUAAAAAGUUUGGAUCCUCAACAGAUUUUGUGAAAUGAAUCGGGGUUAAAAUGUAUAAUAUUGUUCAAAUAUUUUGUGAAUUUGAUUGGAACCGCUAGUUUAGUAAGUAUGUAUUUCUGCUAAAUUCUUGGUAUUGUACUUUGAAUUUACGAACCUGAGAGUUUUCAACUUUUAAAAAUUAAGGAGAAUGGUUAUGGUUAGCGCCUUUUUUAUCAUGAUUCUUUCUUACGGUAUUGAACCAUUAACUCUAUGCGAAACACUCUUCUGUUAGUCAGGUUUAAGACCAAGAGUGACUUAGAAGUGCUCAACGUGGGGUUCAGUGGUAUAGUAUUCUUGGAAGGUUUUAUUGUUGAAGAUGUGAAAUGGAUUCUAGAGAAAUUUUACUAGUGGUUAUUAAAUUGUUUAACAAUGCCUCGUGAAGUUUUGUUGUAGUGUCAAAUACUGUAAAGCUAGAUCACGCUAGUUCGAAUCCUAUAGGAAGUAUCAGUUCUCUCAUUAGAUUACAUAUUUAGUUUAGAUAUUUGAAUAGUAUCAUUUUCAUUUGAAAAGUAUAAUUGUCUUAUCACUUAUAAACCUUAUAUUUUGGAAAAUAAAUAAAAGUUUUGGUAAUUGACAAAAGAACCAUAAACCAUGCCAUAUACAUACGCAUGCAUAUACAUACGCAUAUACAUACGCAUCUUCAUGCCAUUGAUUAAAUUUAGAAAUGAUGGUCGAAAUCACAAAUGAACUAGUAAACCUUGUUAAUCAGUGAUAAUUUGACCAGAAUAGUAACUUAUUAUUAGAUAGACUUUUAAACUUUCACAAACCUAUUGGAAUAGUACAAAAGUUACAAUACUGAACGAUACUAAAACAAAAAUGCGUUAAAAUAUUUGUUUUCAUUUGUUUUGACUAUGAAAAUCUUCUGACACUAUGAAGGUCGUUUGAUAUUUAUGUGGUUAGUUUAACCAAUCCUCCUACAGUUACAUGUUCAUCUUAACCAACUAAUUCAAUAUAUUAGUGACCUUAACAAAAAAUCAAUCUAUCGUCUGUUGAAUUGAGUCAGCUUGACAAAUGGAUUUGGAUGCUUUUAAUCGCUCUGAGUGGAACGAUUCUCAACAGCUUCAUACAGUUUAUUCAAGUAAUCAUUCUACAGGACAUCCGAGAAUGACUUCUGAGGGAUGUCCAGAAAUACAAUCUCCUAAUUCAUCAUCAGGAAGCUCAAUGGAUUCAAACAUAGAUGGAUGUACAGAAGAAAACAUGGGAUCUGAAAUGAGUGAGAAUCCUGGACAACCUGAAACAAAUUCUAAUCAGAUACCGGUCAGUGCACCAGAUAGUUUCUCCGACCACAGUCUGAACAAUUCAACUGCUCCAUUUUCAAGCCAACAAGGUUAUACAAAUCCUUCUCAUGGCAAUAAUCCAUCUGCUACAUCAUAUAUACCAGGUACAACCUCAUUCAAUAUCGAUUAUGCACGUCAAAUGCAAAGUCCUUAUAUUUCUGGAAAUCCCAAUUCACAAAAUCUCCAAACAAAUUAUUGCCCAACUAUGCCACCAUCAGGUGGAAGUUCAUUUGGUAGCGACCCAGUGAACAGGAAUCAAGGAUCUGUAUACCCGAUGUUUAACGGUUUUCCUACUCCGAUUUCAUUUCAGUCGAAUGAGUUUUCUGUCUCUCCCAGAGUUUAUGGGUUUGCUGAAUCAGCUCCACACGAAGAUAUAAUGAAACCAACAUUAACACCUAAAGAAGAUUUCUGUGUUGAACAUGACUGUGAACGUUUAAAGGGUGCUCUGGAUCGAUUAAAUAUAGUAGAAAAAGAAAUCGUUGAAGUAAUGGGUCGUCGACCUGUUGUUCAACGUAUAGCAAUUCUACAAACAUAUAAAUCUCUGUAUAAGGACAAUUUGUUCGCCAUAUUUAAUUCUAAAUUAACUGGAUAUUUAAAAGAUUGUUUGAUUGCAUUGUGCUAUACACCAGCAGAAUUUGAUGCAAUAGAACUUCAUAGAGCAAUGAGAGGAACUGAUACUGAUGAAGAUACAAUAAUUGAAAUUCUUUGUACAAAAACAAAUGAACAAAUCAGAAGAAUUAAGGAUGUUUAUCCAAAAUUAUUCGAUGGAUGUGAUUUGAUGAAUGAUGUAAACAAUCAGAUUACACAUCCAUUCAAACGUAUAUUCAUGACUCUAUUAAAGGCGGAUAGAGAUGAAUUUACAUUUGUAGAUAGAAAUAUUGUACAAAGAGAUGUGGAAGAAUUAUCUAAUACAAUACAACAAAACAUUAGAAUAGAUGAAUCAAAAUUCAUUCUUAUAUUGGCUUCAAGAUCUUAUGCUCACUUACGAGUUGUAUUCAAUGAAUAUAUACGAAUUAGUAAACAUACUAUGGAAGAUACUUUAAAGCUCAGAAUGCGUGGAAAUGCACUCAGUGCUCUACUUUCUAUAGUUCGGUGUAUACAAAAUAAACCACGAUAUUUUGCAGAAAAAUUAUUCAAAGCCAUGCAAUUUGUUGAAACAGCUGAUAAAGCACUUAUACGUAUUAUUGUCAGCCGUUGUGAAAUCGAUAUGAAAAAUAUCAUGAAAGAGUUUUAUAAAAUAACAGGAAACACUUUGGAUGAAUGCAUAGAUAUUCAUGCCUAUCUUGAUUACACGAUCCUAUGGUCAUUUACGAGCUGUAUUCAAUGAAUAUUCGUUAAUUAGUGAACGUGAUUUGGAAGAGGAAAUGCGUGGACAUUCACUCAAUUCUAUACUGUCUAUUGGUAAGUAGUCAUCACUAUUAUUUAUUCAAAGAAAUUGUGAGUUGAAUAAUUUGUAUGAUUUUUCUGCUGUGUAUUUUGAAUCCUACUGCUGCAUAGGCUUCUGUCACACUAGUUGUUCUCAUCUGCAUUUGUUUGUGUAUUUGGGAUAGGAUGGUCAGUUUGUCUGCAAAGUCAUGAUCUUUAGAUGGUGGUUGGAGGUAGUCAACAGGAUACCCUGGACCCGGGUUUGGCAGUACCGGGAAUAAGCGAAAUCCAUUGGACCAAAACUGGACAACAAAGGCUAAAUACGGGAGAGUCGCUGCUAUACUCCGGUCACGAAGAUGAAAAUGCUCUACACAAUCAAAGAGUCGCUCUAAUGCUGUCCAAAGUAGCAUGAAAUGCACUUGUAGGAUGACAAUCUCACGGAUUAAAAUUCAUCAAAGUAUCAUUCAAAACAAAAGAGGAGGGGAUCACAAUGAAUAUUAUCCAAUAUUAUGCACCCACCAAUGAUAGCAACGACGAAGAUAUCAUGGGACGACAUGGACUGGGAGAGAGAAACGAAAAUGGAGAAAGAUUUGCAAAGCUGUGUGCAUUCAACAAAUCGGUCAUAGGAGGUACAAUAUUUUUACACAAACGUACGUAUACACAAAGCUACAUGGGUCUCAUCGAACCACAACACAGAGAACCAGAUAGAUCAUAUUCACACAAAUAAAAAAUUCCGAAGGACAAUGGAAGAUGUGAGAAUCAGGAGAGGAGCUGACAUAGUUUCAGAUCACCACACCACAUAGUUGUGGCCAAUUUAAAACUGAAGCUAAAGAAGAAUUGGACAAAUGGACAAACAACACUACGAAGGUUCAAUACAGCAUUCCUUCGAGAUACUGACAAACUCAAUGAAUUCAAGAUAGCUCUCAACAACAGGUUGCAAGCCUUACAAGAUCUACUGAAGAAAGAAGAAACUACUAUGGAG